GCGUCUGAAGCCGAUGCGUUAGGCGGCUCCUCCACCUUCCCCCCCUUUGCCUCCGCGCUGAAGUCUCACACCCACAGCCUAAAGGAAUUAACACCUUCUUUCUUCGGAUCACCUCGAUUGGAUCUGAAGAACGAGAAUUCCGACAGAGUUUGAUGCCAGGAAGCAGUUGAUGUGGUGAUUGCGUCGAAAUUGAGCGGUAAUCGAGUGAUCUCGAUGAGAAAUCCCAUCUUUUGUGGUCGUUGUUGAGCAAGUCUGGAUCUUGGGCGACAUGGGUUGCUUCCCGUGCUUCGAAUCGGAGGAGGCAGCGCAGCUCAGUCACGUGAAUGAUUGCGACCGCAAGAGAGAGGAGCAGCCCAUGGUGGCGCCCCGCGUCGAAAAGUUGUCCUCUGGGGAUGAUAGAAUACGGACCAGAAACGAUGUGAAUGAAAAAAAGGAAUCACUGGGUCCCAAGGAGGGGUCUGAUUUUGCUAUUUCGGCACACACUUUCACGUUUCGUGAGCUUUCGUCUGCAACAGGUAAUUUUAGAGCAGAGUCAUUGCUCGGGGAAGGAGGAUUUGGACGGGUCUACAGAGGUCGUCUGGAAACUACUGGUCAGGUUGUGGCUGUAAAGCAACUCGACAGAAAUGGACUCCAAGGAAAUAGGGAGUUCCUAGUGGAGGUCCUUAUGCUUAGCAUGUUGCAUCACCCCAACCUUGUGAAUCUAAUUGGUUAUUGUGCUGAUGGAGACCAACGGCUUCUUGUCUAUGAGUAUAUGUCCAUGGGAUCAUUGGAAGAUCAUCUACAUGACCUUCCACCUGAUAAGGAACCACUUGACUGGAAUACAAGGAUGAAGAUUGCAGCUGGUGCAGCCAAGGGAUUGGAGUACCUCCAUAACAAAGCCAGCCCUCCAGUUAUAUACCGAGAUUUGAAAUCCUCCAACAUACUAUUAGAUAAGGGCUUCCACCCAAAGCUCUCUGAUUUUGGGCUUGCAAAGCUUGGUCCAGUUGGUGACAAAUCUCAUGUCUCAACAAGGGUGAUGGGAACUUACGGAUAUUGUGCUCCAGAAUAUGCCAUGACUGGACAAUUAACAGUUAAAUCUGACAUUUACAGCUUUGGAGUUGUAUUAUUGGAGUUGAUUACUGGACGGAAGGCUGUUGAAACUACCAAAUCACAUGCGGAACAAAAUCUUGUUUCAUGGGCUCGUCCUAUGUUCAAUGACCGAAGGAAACUACCAAGUCUGGCCGAUCCAAAGCUACAGGGUCGAUAUCCCAUGCGUGGGGUCUAUCAAGCUCUUGCUGUGGCAUCUAUGUGCAUCCAAGAAGAAGCUGCCUCUCGUCCUGCCAUCGCUGAUGUUGUCACUGCUCUGUCCUAUUUGGCAUCCCAAGCAUAUGAUCCUGGUACAUGUCCCACAUCUAACAAUAGACCUGGUGGUGAAAGAAGAAACAGGAGUGCUGAUGAGGGAGGUGGAAGAACGCCAGCUCUGAACAGUGAUGCAGAAACUGCCCAUAAUUGGCAAAUGAAUGGUGAGAACACUUCAAAAGAGACAAGUGCAAACGUGAGGCAGGGCUUUGACCGGGAACGAGCUUUGGCAGAAGCAAAGAUAUGGGGGGAGAACUGGCGAGAGAAGACGCAAGCUAAAGCUAAUGCAGAGGAAAACUUUCAUGUCGCAAGUGCAAUCGGAUAGGGAAUUUGGCAGAAAGCUUCUCUACCCAUUUUUUUGUGUAUAAAGAGUGUUAGAGUUGUGGGUCCUGGUUUCCUUCCUAUGAAGAUCUUUCUUUUCCGUCAUUCUUAGGAGAUGUGAAUGGUAACUGGGGACCUGGUAUGCUGCUUGUAAAAUAAAAGGAGUAUUUAUGAGGUGGAAGAAAACUAUAUAUCGUCAACUUUCUACAUAAUAAAUUUCCUGAAUGGAUUUUGCA